AUCCCGGGACUAGAGCAUGCUGCAUAUCAUUUUAAAAAAAGAAAUUCAGCGGUAUACUCAGACCCGUUCGUGAUUCAAAAGAAAGUAGGGGUGUUCAAAAAGGGCGAAACUCUUCUAUCCCCUUUCCUUUCAUUUCAACAUGUCGCCUAAUCUCACCUCGAGAUCCACCAUGAGGCGCGGUCCAACAGUUCGCGGGCGACGCCCUACUAUUGGCAGAGUCGGCAUUCGGCGAAGAUCCUCAGCAAGUGAUCAGGAGAUCCUGACCAAAUCAGAUUCUGACACUGCCACAGAAGAGGUUGAAUUACACGAAGUCGAAGAGCCGCCUAUUUACAAACAUGGUGAAGAGACAUUUGGUGAUAUCAUAACUCACCCUCGCCAGGAAUACCAAGCUCAUAAGCUGCGAAAAACCGAAUACAACGAACACCGCGCCUCUUGGGCCCUGGAGCAUGGACUGGAUAAAGAUGAUGCAAAGUUAUUGCACCACGACAAUCAAGCAUUUGUGACAGUCAUUCAUUUCAGAAACUUGCGAGCCGAGCAGAAUUUUGCUAUUGACUAUGAAACUGCGAAAGAGUUCGAACGUAAAUUGAAACUAACGCAGCAAGAAAAAAUCAUGUUUAAUGGAGUACACGACACCGAAUCACUCACUUCAUUUUUACAUAAUGCGCAUCGUGAUUAUGCCAUUAAGGUGCAUCAUGGUCAUGGUGGAGAUCAACAUCACAAACAACACCAAACAUUGGAGCUUAGCCCCAAUAUUUUUGUAGAAUUUAAACCCAAGUUCCAAGAUCACUCUGCUCCACAGUCCAGUCACUCUACACGGCGCCCGUUUUUCCUCUUUCCUGAACCGGACUUGAGUGCAGAUAUUGGAGAUGAAAAAGCUGCCAGUUGGUUGGAGCUAUUUUAUGAUUUAUUUUAUAUAGCAAGCCUUUCGGAAUUUACCCAUACUCACGUCAUUAAGGACUGGGCAUCAUUAGGCGUGUAUGCAUCCUGGUUUGUCAUUAUGUGGUGGGCUUGGACUGCAAGCUCUUUGUACACUACUCGAUUCGACACAGACGAUGUCAUGCAUCACAUCUGGAAACUAAUUGAAAUGUGCGCAGUGAUUGGCAUGGCUGGUACUUCUGAUCACUUCUUGAAUUCCCCUGGGUUCGUAUAUGGCUAUAUGGCUCUCAAGGGCGUCCUAGUCAUAGAAUAUGGUAUAGUGUUCUCGGUUGCAUUGAUGGCAAAAUCAAAGUCGCGAGUUCCUCUCCUAUGUUACGUCGUGGCCAACGUCAUAUCGAUCAUUCUCUGGGGUGUAUCUCUUCUAUUCAUCAACAACAACUCCCACUUUGCCUUAUGGUAUGUUGGAUUGUUUGUAGAGCUCAUAGUCAACUUGAUCGUACGGGACAAUAAGCGUCUUUCGUGGGCUGCAAGUCACUUGGCGGAGAGAUUUGGAUUAUUGACCUUGAUUGUACUCGGCGAGAACUUGAUGGGAUUUGUUAAGCUUGUCGCUGAGGCUGGAACCACCGUACACGUAGUUAUACCCAAUUUUAUGGCUGUGGUCAUCAUCUUCGGAUUCUUCUUCAACUACUUUGAAGACUUUUCGAAAGAGGUUAUGCUUCACAACAGAAAUAAUCAGCUGUGGGUUUAUCUUCACUUCCCUUUGCAUUUAUGCCAGGUUGCUUUUGGAAUAGCGUUAAUCAACAUGUGAGGUAUUUGAAUGCGAUGAAAUUGACGUCGUAAAACGGCGUGCUAACAAAUUCUUAACAUCAGGUUGCGUAUUUAUCGGCUACAAUACGAAGAGACACAUAGUGAGAGUUCCGGUGAUGA